GAACGUCACUAAUAUCUGUCGAUCUUCCGUCAUUUGAGAAAGGCUUGGUCGGUGUUGAAUUUUAUAAAAAAAUAUACGAAUUCCUCAAAUUCCUGACGAAUUUGUGAUUCUAUUGUAUACUUCCUAAUAAAAUAAGUUUUUGAGUGUACAAAACAGUCGUUUAAAAAUGUCUUCAGCAUCACCAGCGGAAGAAAUUGAUGAGGCGAAAGAACGGGAGCAUUUUCGCGCCGUUGUCACCGCUUUCAAAUAUUAUAAACUAUGCAGCUUAGACAGGAUACACAAAUCAGAGAAAAUAAUAUCAAUACUACCACAAAAUCAUCAGCGUCGCUUGGAAAAAUAUAAGACUUAUUUGGCGAAGUUCAAGAAAUGUUUAGACACGAACAAUAAUGUAGUACAUUCGAUAAUUAAAGACGUUGAUACAAUGUUUGAAAAUGUUGAUCAUUCGGUCACUGAUACGUCAGGAACGAAUGGCGUCGAGAGCUUUGGAUGUAAUUAUAAUAAUUGUGAGAUUGCAUCGCAGAAACAGCAUAAAAUGCAACAUGAUGUUGAGAAGGUACAAUCAGUUUUAAAAAACAUAGUCCGUGAUUGGAGCGACAUGGGUGCCGAAGAGAGGAAACAAUGCUACAAGCCCAUACUAGACGAGAUGGAGGAACGGUUCUCAUUGGACGAAUAUAGUGAUAGAUCUCAGAUCCGCGUCCUAGUUCCCGGCGCAGGUCUAGGCCGGCUCGCGUGGGAAGUAGCCGCGCGAGGCUAUUCCUGCCAAGGCAAUGAAUUCUCGCUCUUUAUGCUGUUCGCAAGCAACUUUAUACUCAACAGAUGCACUGAGAUUAACAAAUACACAGUGCAUCCGUGGGUGCAUCAGUACGUGAACAAUAUAACGUGUGAACACCAGCUCAUCUCGGCUCGGUUCCCCGACGUCUGUCCGUCGGGGAACAGGCCCAAUCAUAACUUCUCUAUGACGGCCGGCGACUUUCUGAAAGUAUACACAGAAGCAGACGAAUGGUCGUGUGUAGCGACGUGCUUCUUCAUAGAUUGCGCGCCGAACGUGAUCGAGUUCAUUGAGAGAAUAUACACAAUACUGCAGCCGGGCGGGUAUUGGAUUAAUUUAGGACCUCUGUUGUACCAUUAUAGUGAUAUGCCGACGGAGAACAGUAUCGAGCCGCCGUACGACAUAUUACUGGAGAUUAUAAGGGAUAUAGGAUUUGAUAUAUUGAAAGAACAAACAGGUGUUAAAACGAAAUACGCCCAGAAUCCCAACUCCAUGAUGCAACAUGAAUACGACUCGGUGUUCUUCGUGUGUCGCAAACCUUAUUGUAUGUAGCCGCUUCUAUUUUUACCAUAUUUAACAUGUCGAUUAUGAACUAAGUGAUUUAAAGGACAUUAUACUAAAUUUUUAACGUUAAAGAACGUAAUUUAAUAUUUUCGAGUAUCGCUCGACUAGUUUCGAGCUAAAACGGAGUUCUUAAUUAUAAGUUUCGUUGGUAAACAACGUUGCGGAGCUAACUGAAAUCGAAGCCUAUAUGGUAGUGUAAGAUAAAUAUUGAAAUCAUGAAAGAAAUUGUCAGUUUUCAUACAUUUAUUUAACCUUUAAUAAGUAUAUCUCGAAGAAAUGUAUGAAUUGAUAGUUCCUUUCCGGUUAUUAUUGCCUUGUUUUUAAAAUAUUGGAUUACACUGAAUGAUAAAGGUGAAAUAUAAAGGUUAUUCUUACAUAUUAUUUAUUUCAUUGAAUUAAUAGUAUGAUUUAGUAUAAUGUCCUGUAAGUCACUUGAUCUAUAACAUUAAACAUUUUGUAGAAGUCUGAAGUCAUAUUUUAGAAGUCGUUAGACAUUUAGUUACAUGUUUUACCCUCUUAUUAUUAUCACUUAUGAUUUAUAGAUUAUGUUUGUAUAGGCUAAUUUGUCAAUAAUAUGUUUAUACCUACACCAAAAUAACUAAACAUUUAGUAGAAGUCUGAAGUCAUAUUUCCGAAGUCGUUAGACAUUUAGUUACUGGUUCUACCCUCUUAUUAUGAUCACUUAUGAUUUAUAGAUUGUGUUUGUAUAGGCUAAUUUGUCAAUAAUAUGUUUACACCUACAUAACUAAAGAAUUCUUAAAAUAUGCCUACAGACUUCUUAAAAUAUGUCUAGUGACUUCUUUAAUUAUUUUAUAUCCGUAACUAAGAAAAUAACAUAACGAAUGCUUGUAACAUGUUGCUAGCAACUGUACCGCGAUUAAAUAAGCACAAAAUAAACACCGUGAAAUCUAUUUCGUUUUCGUUCCGAAGUAAAAUAGUUUUGUCUUGGUAAUACAAGGAAAUAAAAU